AUGACAAUGCAAUGUGGAGAACAACUAAAGAUCCAAUUUGAAGACAUAGACCCAACGAUCAACGCAGUAACCAGCUUAACACACGAACAGGCUAAAGAAUGCCUUAAUCAGAUAUUUUUAGAUCAUCAGGAAGUAUUCGAAGAAGGAAUAAGAUGCGCAACGCAUUACCAACACAAGAUAGAAAUUAUGAAAGACAAGCCAUUUACGAAGAAGACUUAUCCAAGACUGAUGAAACACAUGGAGAGAAUAACGGAGUAUAUAGAGGAACUAGAGCAAAACGGUAUUAUAAAAAAGACGUCAACCCAGUACAUAAAUCCACUCGUUGUGGUAAUAAAAAAGAAUGGAGACAUACGUCUAUGCUUAGAUGCUCGGGAGAUUAACAAACAGAUGUGCAACGAUCACGCACAACCACCAACGAUCGAUGAGAUAUUCCGACCGUCAUUAACGUUGGAAGAACAUGUAACACACUUGAAUUUCGUGCUAGAAAAAUUAAAGACCGCAGGUUUCAAACUCAACAGAAGCAAAUGCGAGUUUUUAAAGUCGGAAAUAACAUUUUUAGGACACAAAUUUAUAGAGAUAAGAGCAGAAAUGAACUGGGAGACAGUUCGAAACAUAGUUGACUUCCCAAAGCUUACAAACAAGACGCAACAGAAUGGAGAGUUCAAUUUCUUGAAGGAAUUCGAACUAGAAAUUAGACACAUACCCGGAAAGGAAAAUAAAAUAGCGGACGAGUUAUCCUACAGAUACGAAGAAAAUGAUGGAACAACAGAUGAAAAAAGGAUAGCAGAACAAGAAUACGAAGAAGAAUGUCAGGAAGACGAAGAGCAAUACGAAGAAGAAAUUCAAGAGAAUGAAGAGCAAUAUGAAGAUGGAUACCUGGAGGAUAUUCGAGAAGAAGAUGAAGAUGAAUACCUAGAGAAUGAACAGGAAGAGAAUGAGCAAGAUGAACAGACAUACCAGAAGAUUGACGAAGAAUUAGAAUCAGAUGAAUUUAUCCAAGAUUUACUUGAAGAUAUAGAAGAAAUGAAUGAUAUGGAUAUAGAUUCACGACAAGAAGAACAAAUGGAAUCAAGAGAAAGACAGAUAGUUCUAAAAAAUAAUCACAAGAACAACGAAGUAGUAAAACACAAUGGAACGCGAAGAAACAACAAACCAAUACAAAUAACCAUGAAAAGAGAAAUAAGAACAGACGGAGAAAAAGCUUACACUCUGGAAAGAGAUACUAAAACAUAUAGAGACAAACCCAGAAGAAAACAAGAUCGCAGAAUGAUAGAAUAUUAUACACCAGAAAUAAAUGCGAUAAGACGAGAUCAACAAGAAGAAACUAUACAAGAAACAGCACAAAUAAAUUAUAUAGAAGAUUCAGAAGACGGAAAUUAUACCAGUAGAUGGGUAGAAAUAAUAGCAGAAGCACAAGAAAGAUAUCCAGAUAUAGACAAAAUAUUAGAAGAAAACCUGGAAGACAUAGCCGGACUAUAUUAA